AUGCCCCAAGAGCAGAAGCAGAAGAAGAAACGGGUCCCUAUCACCGCCCUAACAAAGCAACAAAUAUGCUUAAAGAAGAGAGAGAAUUUGAAGCUCAGAGACGAGGACCUCGCCAAAGAAUAUGGUCUUGACAGGAGUACAAUCACUAAAAUCCUCAAACAACGGGAAAAGUGGUUAGCUAUUGAUCCUAAUUCCAAUUAUGCCAAACAGAAAACUCAAAAAUCACCAAAAUUUCCUCAAAUAGAGGAAGCAUUAUCGUCAUGGUUAACUUUACACAUUGGUAGUGGCAGUCCCGUCAGCGAUGCACAACUUCAGGAGAAGGCUCUGGAGUUUGCGCAGAUGUUCGGAAUUCGUAACGAGUUCCAAGCUUCAAACGGGUGGAUAUCUAAAUUCAAAAACCGUCACCAGUUCCGUACUGGCGAAAAUCAAGGGACGUCCGAGGUUUCCCUACAAGUUAAUUCACAGUCAACACCUAUUUCUGGGACUUCAGUUAUAUCACCUCCAGAACACUCGAAUUUUAGCAAUGCUUUGAGUUUACCUCCUAAUACCCACUACUCAUCUAACCCGUCAAUAGCCGCAACGACUCGUACAAAUGGGACAAACACGCUGACACUUACAAAUGCUUCUAGCUCUCCAAACUAUAUCCCAUAUGGGGCUGCGUCAACCCACAUAACAAACUCAUACACUCCUUCACGGAUAUAUUCAACAACAGUACCCAUAGCCCCUUCCAUGGUCCUUGAAAACGUAGCCUUUUUGUUUUGUGGUUAUCAAAACGAUAUCAUUGGAAUGUUUCAGACAAGCAAUAUUCUGAAUAACUUUUUAAUGCGUUCAAAAACACUUUUUAAAACCGUUCACCAGGCUACUAUUCAUCAAGCUCAUCAGGCUAAGCAAAAAAAGAACAUCUGUAGCUUCUCUGUUGGCCUUUCUUUUCGACCUGGCUAUCCCGAGGUUUCUUCAAAUAAUCGUUAUUUUGAGAAGCUGAAGAACUUGGGAAGGCUUAUUGAAGGGACUAAAGGGGCAGAAUUUAUCGAUGGAAUGAUACCAAGAGAGGUUGGUAAAUGA